UAUUGUAAUAAACAUUAAAAUCAGUUUAAAUGUGACAGAUGAACAUUUGAAAAAUAUGUUUUCUAUCAAAGACGCAAUGCAACAAAUGUGUUCCAUUAAACAAAAAAUUACGUAAACAAGUGGAGAGUAACACACAAAUACGCGCGCCCGAAAUGACAGCACUUGUCAGGCGUACUGUUAGUGUGACAUUUGUCGCUGAUGGAGGAGCGCAACAGCUGGGCGACACGCGAACACGCGCCGCUUCCGGUGAGCGCGCACAAAAACAACGCGAUAAGCGAAAAGCAACGAAAUGCUGUAAACACACUUGCCAAAUGGCGCGCGCACUGCGCCCUUUACUGCUGUGCGCGCUCAUACUGCAAACAGCACAACAAUUGCAAUGCGUCAACAAUAUGUUGACAGAUGACAGCACAUCAAGUGUCAAUCAGUUGCUUGCGCUGGCGGUGGCGGAGAGUAGCAAUCCCGUUCCAGUGCAAACUGUAAAUAAUAGUGUUAGUGUAACAAAAAAUAGUGUUAGUCCACGUAGUAUAAGUGUAAGCGUUGACAAUGAAAUUGUACAAAAUGAUGUUGCGGCUACCAUGUUGCCCGCGACAACAAAACCGGUAACAACACCGCCACCACAUCCAGCCAAAAGAAAGCUGCGCCGUAAAUAUCCCACGAAAAUACCAAAUCAAACCGCAACGGGGCCACCGCUGGGUCAGCGUUACAAAGGUAAACGGCGAAAGGUGUUGGCAACGCGUUUGCAACCGAAUGCAACGCGUGCGACGCAUGCAACACGCAACAUGUUGGCUAGCGUUGGCGUUGGCAUUGGCGACGCGCCGCAGCUGAGGCAAUUGCAAAUGCAGCGAAUAACGGCGGAAAAUAUACCAAAGAAUAUGAGAAAGCAACAAGCGCUGCAGGAGAGACAAAGGCAACGACAGUGGCAGCAGCAGCAACAACAACAACAAAAGCAGCAGCUGCUACACGAACAGCGACAAGAGCAACAAGUUGAUGAGCUGAAAGAAAGGCAGCAGAGGGUGCAAGAGCGGCAUAUGCAGAAGCAGCAAGCACAAAAACAACAAGAACAAAAGCUACAGCAGCAGCAACAACAGCCGCGUCUGCAAGCAAGCCAACAACAGCAACAAUUCUCCUACAAUCCACGCGCAGGACAAUUCUACCGCCAACAACAACAACAGCAGCAGACACGCGUGCAACUACCAACACAAAAUCGUCAACAACAUCACAACUUUCCACCACCACCGUCACGCGCCGGCGAUGCGCCAGCUACCAGUACGUUGCGCGUCAGCACAUCCAUUGAUCGUCAUCAUCAUGAGCAUAUUCAAACGAACACAACAACAACGAUCCGGCAACAUAUCGAGCAUGAGCAGGAGACAUCUUCAACUCGUCAGCAACAGCAAAUACAACAACAGCAGCAACAACAAACAAAUUUCGUUAGCAAUUCAAGCAGCACAGUGUCUAGACAUCAGCAACAACAACAACAAUCACAGCAACAGCUACAGCUGCAGCAAAAACAACAACACACCAUCUACGAUACGACAACCAUCCAAAAUCGUCAAGAUCACGUUGUUAUUCAGGGUAACGCGGAUAUUGUGGUAUAUCGUAAUAUUGGCACUCUGCCAUGUCCACCAGGCGUGCGUUUGGUGCCGCAUCGUUUCAUACCGGUGCGCGAACCGCAGCGCCCAAGGCCAAGGGAGUGUCAGUGCAGCCCGAUCGGCGCCGUCGCCGCGACAUGUGACAAGCGGACCGGUCAAUGCGCCUGCCACGCCAACGUUACCGGCCGGCGUUGCGACAAAUGCAAAUCAGGUCAUUGGAACCUCACGCAAGGCGUCGGCUGCCAUGAUUGUCGUUGUGAUCCAGCCGGUUCGCGCAGCCACGAAUGCAAUCCAUGGACGGGCCAAUGUGAUUGUAAGAUCGGUGUAGGCGGUCAGCAUUGCAAUGAGUGUACGGACGGUUUUUACGGCUUCUCCACGGAUGGCUGUCAACGUUGUACGCAGUGCGCGGGCGAAGGACAAGUUUGUGAUCCGUUGAAUGGUCGCUGCAUCUGUCCGCCGAAUAGUCGUGGGUUGGGUUGUGCACAAUGUGUGGCCGGUACUUGGGGUUGGCAGCCGCGUCUUGGUUGUCGUCAGUGUGCUUGCGAUCGUAUCGGUUCGAUUGGACAGCUGUGCGAAUCGUUGAAUGGCCAGUGCCAGUGUCGUGAGGGUUAUGCGGGCCGGCAGUGUGACACGUGUGCAAUCGGUUACUUUGGCUAUCCGGAGUGCAGGCGUUGCAAUUGUAAUGUGGAUGGUUCGUUUGUACAUCACGCAGAUGGUGCGAUCACUUGCGAUGCGAAUGGGCAAUGCCCGUGCAAGGCGCUGGUUGUUGGUCUCAAAUGUGACACGUGCAUGAAAUCGACCUUUGGUUUGUCGGCACUCAACCCGGAAGGUUGUACGCGUUGCUUUUGCUUUGGUCGUUCGAGUGAGUGUGUGCAAAGUGAAUGGUCGUGGGGGCACAUACGCAUGGCGGAGGCACGCAAUCUGAGCGUACAAUAUUUGCGGCCACAAUACGUCACGAAUACCGAAUAUGAGUAUAUUGUUGUUGUGCAGAUGGCUGGCGCAAAGAGUUAUCGCGAAGAUGCUGAAAUACACCUGCUUAACGAUCUGAAUUUAAUACCACGCUCCACGGGCAAUGUCUCCAUCGGCGCUUACACAAAUUUUUUUCAUCCACUCUACUUUCAACUGCCGCCUCAAUUCUACGGUGAUCGCACUAGUAGUUAUGGUGGUUACUUGUAUUUCACAUUGCUGAUCAAAGGCGCGAACCGUCCGCUCGAGCGUAAAGUACUAUCACGAUAUCCUCUCGUACAAAUCCAUUCGCACAAGAAGUUGGUGUUGGACUAUUUUGAGUAUGAGAACUAUGAGUACGCACUGAAUGUGACCUAUAAAGUGCCGCUGCAUGAGUCCGAGUGGAAGUAUCAUCACAACAGUCAGACGGUGGAUCGUGCUAAUUUAAUGGCGGCCCUACAGAACGUACAGCAUAUCUUUGUGCGUGCCUCGGCCUUCGCAGACUUCACCGAAGUCGUUCUCAAUAACGUGCAUAUGGAUUCAGCCAUCUAUGUCUACGGCUCCACCAAUAUGAUAGCCAAAGGUGUGGAACAAUGCAAGUGUCCGAAACGUUAUGAUGGACUCUCAUGUCAAGACCCCGGUAAAGGCUAUUAUCGUUAUCGUAAUGUUACUGAAAUCGAGACCGUCUUUAUAGAAGAUCUUAUCGGGCGUGUGGUGCCCUGCCAUUGUAAUGGACGUAGUAAUGAGUGCGAGAGCGAAACAGGUGUUUGUUUGAAUUGUCGCGACAAUACUGGCGGUGAUCAUUGUGAGCAAUGCGCUGAUGGCUUUUAUGGUGAUCCAAACUCACCGUAUGGCUGUCAAUCGUGUCCCUGUCCGGAGACGAGUCGCAAUUUCGCCAAAGGUUGUAACGUGUGGCAAGGUGAAGUCAGUUGCAUUUGCAAACCCGGCUAUACCGGCAAGCUAUGCGAUCAAUGUCGUCCAGGCUAUUUCGGCAAUCCACUUGCUUAUCCGAAUAGCACCUGUCAGCCGUGUAAUUGUAAUAUGGAUGGCAGUGCCAAUGAUGAUUGCGACAGUCAAACGGGUCAGUGUCAGUGUCGGUCGGGUGUGACGGGACUGAAGUGUGACAGAUGUAUUGCUGAGCGCCACCAUCUGGAAGAUCGCGGUUGUAGAAUUUGCGACAAUUGCACGCUGCUGCUGCUGGACUACGUCGAGUUGAUCAGCAACAAACUGCGUCGCGGCUUACAUAAUAUGGACUUGACGGGCAUACCAGCGCCCUACCUGAAAGUUGAGGAUUACGAACAUGCCUACAACACGCUGCAGAUACACUACGAAGACUACACGAACGCACGGAAAAUGCUCGGCAGUUAUGACGCUAAUGAGCUGCUGAAGAUCGAUUCACAUGCCGAGAAUAAUAAAUAUCAGUCACGCAAAGCUCUCUCCACAGCCACAAAACGCCAACAGGCCACCGUUGAGCUGCGGAACGAUGUGUCCAACUUAUAUGUUGAUAUAGGCGCGCUACGCGCGGAUAUCUUACAGUACAUCUUCACGCUGAACAAUUACGGCAAGAGUGAGCAACACAUGAGCCUGCCAAUGGCGUUGGAUCAGGCGCGUUUCUAUUUGGACUCUAUACGUCAACACGAGGAGACGGUUGAGAAUAUACGCAACUCCACACAAUGUGCUUGGCAUUUUUACUAUCAUUUCGGUAAUGCUUCGGAUGCGGCUUUUGAUCAGAAGGCGCGUGUCGAAAUGUUUUGGCGUGACUUGAACCAAACCAACUUUCGCAUAUCCGAUAUGCGUCUACACGCCGAUCGUACUGUCGAAAUGCAAAACGAGAUCGACGACACGUUGGAGCAUGUGAUGAAUUUGCGCAAUCAUGUUGUAGACGAUUAUAAUAAAAUCAACGAACUUGGUGCGGAUGUAAUGGAUUACCUAAACCAGAGUUUAAUACCACGCACAGAUGUCUUAAGCGAACAGAAUUGGGCGCAACAGGAGCGUUUGACAGGUGUGACCGAUUCGAUAGAUCGUCUUGUUGAACAGUUGAACAUUUCGCUGGGCGAUAGUGACGGUAUGCAACGUGAGGUGCGCAAACAUUGGCUGCCGAAAGCUCAGAAACAUGCCGAUAGACUGAUGGAGCGUUCAAAUGAGUAUGCCAGACAAUUCCAACCGACACGCAAUGGUGCGCGGAUCGCGUUGCUAGCAAGCUCUGCGCAUAAAAAUAUCUCCGAUGCCAUAGACGCUGCACGUCAAGCAUCCCUAGAAGCUACGGAACGUGUCUCAGAAGCGCAGCAAAGGCUCUACCCAGACGAUGAUAGCUCGGUUAUUGAACGAGCCAAAAUUUCAUUAAACAAAUCAAAAGCACUACAAAAGGAAGCUCUUACAGAAAUGGAGCGGACAAAUGCGCUCAAGCAAAAACUGAAAAUACACGAAGACAAAGUGCAACGCAUCAAAUCGACAAUCUACGAUGCAGGCACACGUACCAACAAUGUCUCAGCGCAUUUGCAUGCCGCAUCCAACAAUUCGGCACGUAAAUUGGCGCUGGAAAGCAUAGAAAUGGCUAAAAAUAUAGGCGAUGAAAUGCGGCACGAACUGCAGAAAGCCAGACGUAUGCAUGAGGAGAUCUUGAAAUUACGAGAAAAGUUUGCCAUCCUCGAACCAGAUUGGGAGAUUAAGCUCGGCAGAGCCGAAGAGAAUAUAUCGCUUACGAAAACAAAUAUACGCCUGGCCAACAUAUCACUCUCUUACGUGGAGGAGCAAUCACAGAAGGAGAAGGCAAAAUUCGACGAAUGGAACAACACGAUGUCGACGCAAGUGCAGGAGCUUCGCGACAAGAUAGCGAAAGCGCGUCAUGCAGCAGAAGGCAUUAAAAUCUCCUUGGAGUCGUUGAAUCCGAAAUGCGCUCGUACCUAUCUCCCCACAUUGUAUGGGCUCUCCACCUCGAACACCAUCAAAAUGUCAUUUGCUUUGCCCAAUCGGAAUGGCAACUCACCGCUACUGCAUAUACAGGGCAGCGAUGGUCGCUACAUCGUACUCGAACUGUAUAAGCGACAUGUACGUUUGGCGUGGAACCUCGGCGGCACCACCGCUAUCAUCACACAUCCACUGGAAGUGCAAACGCGUGAUCCCAAAUACGACGAUGCCUGGUAUCACGUGGAGGCGAAUCGCACUUUGAAUAUCGGUAGUCUUCUAGUGAGGCGUAUGAACAAUUAUGGCGCUUUGAUACCCGGUCAACCAGUUAGCGGUAAUACCGACGCCGGCUACACGCGCUUCUUCCAAACGCUUAACGAACGCAUACAUCUCGGUAAUUACCCGAGCGAUAUGUCACAGAAAGAGAUGCAGCAAAUUUCCGGACUCAAUGUUGUUGUACAUAAUGUCGAGGUAGACAAUCGUCCGUUAGGCAUAUGGAACUUCCUAACGAGUGAGGGUCGCUGUGGUGGCGCAAUUAUUGGUGCACAAGAGUCAACGUCGACUUCGAUAGCACGACAUUUCAAUGGUUUGGGGUAUGCGGAGGUGAAGAAGUCACGCCUGAGAUCGUAUAGAGCGAAUUUGUUUGCGCUACAAAUGACCUUCAAGACUUUGGACGAGAAUGCACUGCUCUUUUUAGCGGUUGAUGAUGCUAAAAAUCGCUCCGUGUCAGUGACCCUCAGUCGUGGGCGCAUUAUGUUCCGCAUUGAUUAUGGUGACGAGGCGAAAUUGGAAAUAAAUACAACGCACAAAUAUAAUACCGGUAAAUGGGUUAAAAUUGAGGCAGCGCGCCAGUUUGUACCCAAGCGUGGCACCGAAAAUGGUAUCUUGCGCGUAGACAACGAACCCGCCAUAACCGGUUCACCAACUGUGCCCAUUAAAAGUCACAUGCUGCCUGAUUUAUCGAAACCGGUGUACUACUUGGGUGGUGUGCCGCCAGGUUUCAAAUCGGGUACUUCCAAGGCGCCGGGCGCAGAUAAUCCGUUCCUGGGAUGCAUGAAGGACGUGCAAGUCAAUCACGAAACUUACGAUCCACUCGAGAGCUCUACACACUUUGGCGUUGAACCAUCCUGCAAGGACAUUAUAACGAAAGCUGGCUUCACUGGGCAGGGUUACAUCGAAUUACCCUCGCAUUCACUGCGUAAGCGCGCCAAUACCGGUUUCGUGUUCCGCACGUUACAACCUGAUUGCCUGCUACUACUCUCCGCCUAUCCACCAGAAGUUGCUGAGGAUUACGAUGAGAAGGACAUCAAAGGCAACUACUCCGUCAGCUUAAUUGACGGUCAUCUACAAGUGUGGGUCAACUCGGGUCGUGGUUUGUUGAAGAUGUCAUCUAAUAAUACAUUAAAUGAUGGUGAAUUCCAUGUGGUGAACUUAAUCAAGACUAGUCGCAAAUUUGAAUUGAUGCUCGAUGAUGAACUGCAAGACACGAAGAGCUUAACAGGCACACCUACACUUGUCAGCAUGCCACGAGAUGCUGGCGGCCUGUAUAUUGGUGGCGCGCCUCCCUAUGAGGAAUAUACUCCACUGGCACCAACAUUUAUAAAAUUAGAAGGCGCCAUACGUGAUGUAGUCUUCAAUAAUCACACUAUUAAUCUAAAUCAGGCGGUGGCGUUUUCCAAUGUGCAAGUCGGCCGUAAUGGUCCACCGAUGGGCACUGUGAACGGUGUGUUCGAUGUACUGCUUAAGACUGAGCCGAUGAUUGCCAAGAGUUUUACCGCAUCGCCAGAGCGUUGUUUGAGGGUCGGUAGUUAUUCAUACGAGCCGAGCGCUUUCAAAUUCGGCGAUGUCUCACACAGUUACGCCCAACUUCAAGUGCCACAACGUAAUUUUUGGCAACGUAAUUUCCAUAUUUCCUUCGGUUUUCGUUCCUUCUAUCCGAAUGGUUUGAUAUUCCUUGCACCGGGCACCAAGGAGAAACAUAAACAUUAUGUUGCACUUCUAUUGAAGAACGGUCAGCUCCUGUUGGUUGUACGUGGUCGUCGACGGGAAGAGUUAAAAUUAACUGCUAAGUUGGAUGAUGGUGAAUGGCAUCAUGUGACCAUCUUUUGUCAGGAUCGGAAGGUGACUAUGUCUGUGGAAAUCGGUCAAACAGAUCAGAAGACAUCGGCGCAAAUGAAGGUACCCAAGAAAAUUGCUGCUACAAAUGUGCUUUACGUUGGCGGUUUACCGGAGAAAGUACCUAAGCUGCCAUCGGAGUUGUUGCAACGUCUGGAGUCUUUCAAGGGUUGUCUACGCCGCAUGUCAAUCAAUAAUAGUACACAAGAUCUGGCGCGUCCCGGCAAACAUCUACAUGUUGGUCAAUGUUUUCCGAAGGUGGAGAAGGGUUCGUACUUUCCCGGCGAUGCCUUUGCGAUAUACAAACGCAACUUUCAUGUUGGCAAAUAUCUGGAAUUCGAGUUGGACUUUCGCACGUCGGAACUCUUUGGAGUACUGCUGAGUAUCUCUGAACCGUCGGGCUUUCCAGCUUUAUCAUUAGAACUGAAUAAUGGCAAUAUCAUCUUCUCCACCGAUCUCGGCGAUGGCAUGCCAUUCCGCGUACAAUCGGAAUUACCUAGCAAAUAUGCGUUAUGCGAUAAUAAAUGGCAUAACAUUUCGGCACUCUACGAUUAUGAACACAUCACCUUACGCAUAGAUCAGAUGGCGACAACGAAAGCGAGAUCAAGCCAACAGCGCAGCAAUAGUAAAGUACAAACUAAGUCCGCGCUUUAUAUAGGCGGUUUGCCAGAAAACGCGGCGAGCGGUACACUCCUAACACGCGAAAAUUUCAAGGGCUGCAUACGUAAUGUGUCCAUACGACAAGAGCAUCGAGAUUGGAUUGAUAUGGAUGAGUUGCAUAAUGUGCUGCUAAGCGAAUGCCUCGUUACCGGUGUGGAGAGCUAAAUGUGUAGCGUUUUUGAAAACAAAGUUUUGCGUGGAUAUAGAGUUUGCCAUCAACACGAGCUCUAACAUUUAUUGUGAUCAAUAUUACUGCUUUGGAAAGUGUACUCGUGUAUUUAAACUCAUUAUAUCCGAAUUUCCUGAAUUUAUUAUUAAUUGUUAUAAUUUUUUUAAGUCGACAAUAACGACGAACGAUACUGCCAUAAAGCAUUUACGCUUACGAAAACGCUGUAGGAAUUUGAAAAUUAUUACAAAUAUUUAACUGAAAAUAACGAAGUAAGAAAUGUUUUGUCACUUAAAAAGAAAAAAGUGUGAAGAUUUUCUAAUGAACAUUUUUCUUUUGCUUUUCAAGUGAAGUACGACA